UGUACAUCCCUAAAAUAAUAAUGCAAGUUUGCAUUUUUGUUGUAUAAAUAAUACGCUCUUCAUGUUUUUCAAUCAUCUUUGUGAUUCUUAAAUUAUUGCGUUUCUUAAAAUCAAAUAUCGAGUUUUUGCCUCGUUCUGCUAACAUUAUAGCUAUGGGUGAUGCAAGAAAUCCACCAACAUAUGACGAAGUAAUGUCAGGAAAUCGCCAGGCAGCUUUGCAAGAGAUACCCGCCGUGAUUACAAUAAUGCCAUCGGCACCGUAUCCCCAGCAACAAUACUACCCCCAUUCUAGCGCUCCUUCACAGACCACUCCGAAUUACGGCUCAAUGGACUUCAGUGGAUCGAAAAUAGCUCCCGAUGCUGUCGUUAUUCCUCCAGGAAGUGGAUCUAUGACUGGUGAAAUGACAGCCACUACAACUACUACUAUGGUCAUACCGCAGCAAAUUUUAAUUGUCGGUGGCUGCCCAGCCUGUCGUAUUGGAAUGCUGGAAGAUGAUUAUACUUGCUGUGGUAUAUGCUGUGCGAUCUUUUGCUUUCCGGUUGGUAUACUUUGCUGCUUGGCAAUGAAAAACCGGCGAUGUACAAACUGUAACGCACAGUUUUAAUAACAUAUGACAACCGAUUUCUAGUUCCUCAACGCUGUACCUACAUUGGAAUGUGAUCAAAAUCUUUUCCCAAAGUUAAUCGAGUACCGAAUCUUGAAUAUGUUUUGCGCAUAAACUGAAGGUUUAGCUAGGAAUUAAUGUUUCUAGAUACUUAUAUGCAUGAAUGUACAUAUAUUAAAUGUUUACUAUUGGUGAA